AUGGGUAUUACCUCUGGACUGAAGAAGUUUGGUAACUAUCUCAUCACCAAUGAGUCUGAAGCCUCUAAAAGCCUGCCAGAUGAGUUCUUAGAUAAAAGUAUCGAUGUCACGAGAGGCGAGCCCGCUAAGCGUGAUGGAAGAUGGCAAAAGAUCUUUGCCUUUAUCUACGUCUUUGACUGGUACCCUUCUCACUAUUCAAAGUUUGAGAAGUGGCAUGUCUUCAAGGUGGACAUUGCCGUCACACUAUUCUGUGCGCUGAGUUUCUUCACAAAGUAUCUUGAUCAGAUGAACCUGACCAAUGCUUAUGUCACUGGUAUGAAGGAGGAUUUAAACCUCAACGGUAAUGAGCUGAAUAUUUUCAGUACUUUCUACAACAUCGGUUACUGUGUUGGUCAGAUUCCUGCGAUGUUCUUCAUCACCAAAAAGGGCUGGGCUCGUUGGCUCUUGAUUGUCUGCGAGUCGAUCUGGGGUAUCUGUACUUUUGCCAAUGCUGCUGUCCAUACUGCUGAGCACAUCUACGUCAUUAGAUUCUUUGUUGGGUUGUCUGAAGCUGCAUCCUUCCCAGGCCAGUACUAUAUCAUCUCAAGUUGGUACACGCCUGAGGAAUUGUCUAGAAGGGCAGGUUUCUAUAACUUCUGCUCUGGUGUUGGUACCAUGGUUGCUGGUUAUAUCCAAAGUGGGGCGCACAGCUCCUUGAACGGUAGAAAUGGCCUCGAAGGCUGGCGUUGGCAGUUCAUCAUUGAUGGUCUUAUCACCGCAGUGGUGACCAUCUAUGGUAUCAUCGUGUUCCCUGGUACACCAAAUCAUAUAGAGAAACAUGCAAUUCUAGGACACGACGACCUGGUGUUUGCCAGAAGAAGGCUGAAAGAGCACAAGGUUGUCCAAUCAAAGUCCUGGGAUGCAGCUACUUUCAAGAAGAUUAUCUUCUCCUGGGAGUUCAUUUUGCUACCAUUCUUGUGGAUUGUCCAUCACCAAAUCACAUACUCCUCAGCUUUCUCCUUGUACUUGAAGAGUGAAGGCUACAGUGUCGCUGAUAGAAACAAUAUUCCGACAGUUAGUGCGGCAAUCGGUUCUGUCUCCAUGCUUCUCGUCCCGACACUGUGUGAUGUCUACGGAAGGUUUAACAUAACGAUGGUUUGCUUCAUUAUUGAGUACUUCUCGAACAUUAUUCUCAUCGUGUGGAAUGUUCCUCAGGGUCUCAAGUUUGUGGGUUUCUUCCUCUCCACCGUGUGGUAUGGCCUUGCACCGUCCUGGUACUCCUGGGCUGCGAUCAUCUGUAAAGACAGUGCCGAGAAGAAGGGGUUAAUCUUAGCCCUGAUGCACUCUUACUCCUACGCUACUCAGGCCUGGACCAUUCCUCUGCAAUGGAAUCUGAAACACUCGCCACGGUUCCUCAUGGGAUGGUCCAUUAACCUGGGAUUCGUGUUCAUUGGCCAGAUCUUGUUCUACGUCAUCUUCUACCUCGCUAAGAAACAGCACAAGAGCGAUCUUCGUUACGAGCUUGACGUAUCUGACAAAUCCUCUGACGAGCUCUCUGUGGAUGACGAAAUUGUCAAGACCGAGCUCACCCUCGGCGAGAAGAACCUUGUCAAGUAG